UGAAAAACGCCACCACCAACAACACGCGAACGCUGAAGAGAUAAGUCGAGAGAACCCUGCGCCGUCGCCGACGAUGGGGCUCGCCGGCGGGGCGCGCGUGGUGCUCUUCGUCGUGGCGGCGGCGGCGGCUGCGGCUCUGACUGCCGCCGCCGAUCAGAUCUUCACCAGUUCAGGUGCGCCGUUUGGGCGGAAUUCGCGUGAGCCGAGGUACCAUGUUGAGUUCCAUCCUGUCGAUGCGCCAUUUAAUCCAGAGAAUGGCCAGGAAUCUGUACCAAUGACUAGCCACGUGGGGAAACAUUAUACAUGCUUCCUACCUGUUGAGGAAACAAAAACCAUGAAGUCGAUAAUCCCACAAAACGCAACCAAUGUUAUCAUAGAAAGUGAACGGAGAGUUAAGCCAAAGGAUCCAGAUGAAUUGCUGGAAAUUCUCAAGGAUCAGUGCUUCUACAGGCAUGAAGGUUGGUGGUCUUAUGAAUUUUGCUACUACGGGAAAAUCCGACAAGUCCACGUAGAGGGCGAGAAGGUUAUUCAAGAAUAUGUUCUGGGUGAAUAUGAUGCUGAUGCAACUGAUGCUUACUAUGAAAAUCAAACAUCUGACUCUGCUGAUGAAGAUGAUAACCUGAUAGACACCUCUAAGAGGUAUCAUGUCCACCUGUACACAAAUGGGACUGUCUGCGAUCUCACUGAUAUGCCCCGGGAAACAGAGGUUAGAUUUGUAUGUUCAGAACCCACUGUAGUGAUUAGUUCAAUUAAGGAGAUCUCUUCCUGCAAAUAUGUUUUAACAGUUCAAAGCCCAAUGCUUUGCAAGAAUCCGCUAUUUCAGCAAGAAAAACGUACCCUCUCCAUUCACUGCAACGAGUUGCUAGCUGAAGCUGAAGCCACUGUGGAUGAUGACUCUCUUCCAAAAGAAGCUCAGAUCAUCAUCCCAGAUCCAGAUGGAUUGCAUAAUUAUGCAGCUUAUGCUACUUGAUUAUGCAUCAUUGUUAUAGCAUCAGACAGUGAAGAAAAUCAUCUUCCGGGUGCAACGGCAAUUUGGCAAUGCUAACAAUGGUAUAGGUUGUUCGCGGAGCAUAUUAUCCAUUCAUGUGAAGCAGGUUUGAGAUCAUCAGACUAACAUUGAUCAUGAGGAACAUUACGGGCGAUGAGUGCUUCUGUACUAGUGCAAACGAAGUACUAAAUUUCAGUGUCAAACUGUAGACAGUAACAUUUUCUUGAUAUAUGUUUAUAGAAGAAAAUCUUGUGAUGCGGAAAAGUGCAUGUGCAAACAUCGUUUCAUUGCGAGAUUAUGGUAUUGCUCUGAAGUGAAGAAAUAUCAUGUGCAUUGAGAGCAAAGGUGUUCCCUUUUUUCUUGAGUGCAGAUGACGGCAAGUCGGCAACACAAGACAGGGGAUUUGCUUAAUGUAAGAUGUUCAUACUAAGUCAAGGGAUUUGCUUUAAUGUUAAGUUGUCACACUAAGCC